CUGGCAAACGCACGCGAAAUAAGAUGGGUCACACAAAUUAAUGUGCUGGGUUAUCAAAAGUGAAUAAAAUAAAGGGCCUCCUAAAAGUAGCCAUUUUUUGUACGGCACAAAGGAAAGAGAAGCAAUAACUCACUCCUUGCAAUGUCUUUUCUGUAUUAAUCCUACACAGUCCUUUUCUUCAUCGCCUUCAAUAAUCUACACAUCCUUAAAAAUAUAAAUGCAGAAUGUCUGCUCUACGACCACCGCUCAACAAUGAACAGUCUACAAAAUCCACAAUGUCGGCAUAUGCACACAUUCUCGACGAUUUCCCUUCAGAUGGAGGAGGGCCACCACAACGACAGUGGAGCAUUCGGCAAGCUAACAGCCGACUUGAUCAACAUGGCUUGCAAUCUGCACUGGAAAGCGAUCUUAACCUUCAAUAUCAAGGCAACAAUGCCUUACAACAACAGCAAGAGGAAGAAAAAGCUGGUAUACCCAUGACAGUCUUAUCUUCACCCACCAGCCCACAACGCCAAUCCAACAAUCCCUAUUUAUCAUCACCGCCCAUGUCACCCACCAGCAGAAAUCUAAAGCACAAGACAUACGGUUUUGACGACCCAUUUGCAGAAGCGCCCAUGGAAGCGUGGCAAGAGAUGAAGGAUUAUAAUCUGAGGGCCAACGGCUUACCAACGCUGGAUCAAAUGAUGCGUCUGCGGACACUGACGCCGCUCACGCAAUCGAAUUUCACAGCUUUUUUGCGCCGGCGUGGCGUGCACCAGAACUUUAACUUUCUGUUAGAGCUGGAUACUCACGAUAAACUCUGGCAUGCACAUGUUCAAAGUCUACGACGACAGACGAGAUCGAGUGCGGAUCGGUUGUCGCGAUUCCUAGAGAGCGCAGCCGAAAAGCCAGCAAAUACCAAAGAUACCAUGAUGAUGAUGUAUGAUCCAAACCACCAUCACCACCACCAAGGCAGUAACUAUGUGGAAACGCCCGACACCCAAGAUCUAUUGCGACAGCAACAAUAUUUUCCAUCCACCGAAGAAGAUAUUGGUCAUAGCACAGCAACAGCAAUGGGCAGCAACAACAAUCAUAGUACUACCACGUCGCCAUACGCUUCACGCAGUCCUAAUGGCAAAUCACUCGGUCGCCACGAUCUAGAACAGAAUGCGACAAGAAUAUACCGUACUUUCUGCUCACGGCUUGAUGCAGCACAGCCAAUCCAUCUACCCGACGAUCAUCGUGCUGUUUUGGAUGAACUGAUUGAAAAACACCAUCGACCAGAACCCAUCGUGUUCGAAUCGGCACGCUCACAUGUAUUCGAGAUCCUCAAUGUGUUUUACUAUCCGCAAUUCGUCGAUACGGUCUUGUAUUCCAACUUGGCUCAAACCAGCGCGCGUAUAGUAUUUUUAUUUGGACUGAUCUUUCUGACGAUUGGAUUCGCGGUCGAGUUGAGCCUUAUCUUUUUGGAUCAAGGCACAAUGGGAACGCGUUGGUGGGCCAUCUUGCCCUUCUUUUUUGGCUGGACUAACUUGCUUGCUGGAAUCACGGAUUUUGCAUGGUGGUUAGCUUUCACAGGCAAAAGUGAAAUAAACUUCUUUGCAUUUGAGCCAAUACAGGACAAGACGGUGCUUCGAAUCCAUCGCAAGCGGGCAAUUAUCUGGUUAGCGGCCACAAUUGUUCUUGCUAUCCUUUCAUCCAUCAUUUUCGUGUUUAUCCCUGGAACAAGAUUGCGCUCGGCGUAAGAAAAAAAAACGAUCCUUUUCUCCUAUUCCUUUCCACUAUACUAUCGCUGGAAAGAAAGAUAUAUUCCCCAUCUUUCACACACAGACACUGCACACGUUUCUUAUCCUCUUUUUCUUCUCCUUAUCUAUUUCACUUUCCUUUUAUUAUCUUCGUUCAUCCUUACUGUUUAAUAUAGUCUCCUUGAUAUAUAAUCUUUUUCUUUGCUCCGGUAGCCAAAAAGAUGUUGUUAGUGUAGUAUCAAUUUAAUUUUUUAAACAAAAAAAAAGCGAUUACUUUCUUUCCCUGCCUCCUUCUUUUUUUAUUCAUCAAGUUACCAAUGUCACUAGAUAUGUCUAUAUUUGUACGGCGAUCAUUCAUGCCUCUGCGUAAUAAGAUUUCUA